ACUGUCAAUAUUAUUGGUUGAUAAAUGAGAAUAAAGUGCUUAAAUUUAUCACCAAAUCGUACUUUAAAAAAACACGUAUCAUCAUUCCUAUUUUGCGGUUAGCGAUUUAUAGUGUUUUUUUAAUUUAGCCAGUUUUUUUUGGCUAAAAAAUUUACCUAAAAUGCCCUCCGAACCUAUUUCUGUUAAACAUAGAAUAUUUCUAGUGUCUCAAGGAAUAUUUCAGUUUCUUUUGGCUAUUUUCGUCACGUCAACAGUUUGGAUUGUGGCAAUUAACAGAAAUUGGAAUGAACUGCACACAUGGCAUAUAUUUUUAUCUACCACAGGGUUUUCUUUUUUUAUGGCUGAAGCUGUGGCUGUGUUUAGCCCUGGAAACGUGUUUGUACUCGGAUUUAGCAAAAAAACUAGAGGAUUCAUUCAUGGUGUUUUAAUGACAUUCGCUACCAUUGCUGUCAUAGCUGGAAUAUCUGUGAAAAUUCAAGAUAAAAUAAAUAACAGCAGGAGUCAUUUUACUAGUACUCACGGAAUAACAGGCUUGGUUGCUUUUCUGCUCACCAUGCUGUCAUUCCUUCUCGGAUUCCUAGCAGCUUUCUCCAAAUUAACUUAUAGACUUGGAAUCAAACCAGUAUGGAUCAAGCAUUUCCACAAUUUCUUAGGAAUAGCUGCCUACGUUUUGGGCUCAAUUAGUUUAGGUUAUGGAUUAAGACAAUACUUUUCUCAUGUCACGUAUAACACCAACACUGGUUUUAUAGUGAUCUUGGGUAUUUAUGGAAUCUUGAACUUGAUAGGUCCCAUUUGUGAUUUCUUUAAGUAAUUAUAGAGCAGUUUAAUUGCAGUAGUAGAUUAAAAUAAAUGUAAAUAUGUAUAUUUGAUUCAGGAAAAUGCAAUACUAUUAAUAAUACACUAUUUAUUUAUUAUUCGUUUUAUACUAGAUUAGAAGUUUGGAUAAUUAAUCUAAAAUUCAGAAUUUAAUACACUAGAGAAAUGUAUGUUUUUUCAUUUUAGUAGUAGUAUACGUUUAUUUAUAGUAUUAAUAUCUGAUUGGCAAAUUUAUAUUUUUUUAUAUGUAGGUAUAAAAGUCAUAUCAUAAAAUAUUUCAAUUAAUAGCUUACCAUUAUCAAUAAUUACACUCUUUUAUAGCGACUCGUGUGAUCUAUAAUAAUGAUCCCAAAGUAAAGAGAUUUUUUAACAUUGAUUGAUUUACAUUAUGCUUUUUAUGUAUUAAGAUUUAAGAUAGAAAGAAAUAUAAGAUAGAAGAAAUUUGUUUUUUUUGUGCAGGCUUUGGACGCUACAACAAAAAUAAAUAAAUUCAUUAUCAUUAUUAUUUUUUAUUAAAUUUUGUGUGUUAUAUUUCAUUAGAUUUUGUGGGACACUCACCAACUGUGACACCGAUUUUUUCAAAUGUAUUUUAUUAAAAAAAAAAUAUUAAAAAUUAAAAAUAUUA